CUAUUUUUCAACUUCUGUUAGGUGAAUCCGGUGUUCCCGUGGAAAAAAACAUCACUUUGGGCAGUGCAGUUAAAAUUGAGCUGUCAUGCAGACUGGCUGAUAAAUAUUCUUACAUGAAAAUUCUUCAGGUGACUUGGAAGAGGGGAAAUGAAACAAUCAAACACAUCAAUAAAACUGAAAAUAGCUGGGGCAUCCAAUUGACUAUCUCAGAAAACAGAAAACUGGGAAGUUACACUUGUACGGUGACAGGUGAAGAAGAAUUCAGUGUGGCGUUUCAUUUACAAGUACCGCAGAUUGAGGGAAGAGAAAAGCCUGUCAUCAGUUAUGAAGGUGACUCAGCUAUACUGAUUUGUAAAAGUCACAGUUAUACUCCCAUUGCUUGGACCUGGUAUAUGACCAAUGGCAGUGAACAGAUUGCUAUUAAUGAUUCCCUCAUGUUGGAUAAGUACAUAAUAGACAGAACAGAUGCCAAUGUAACCCAUCUGAAAAUACUGAAGCUCACCAAAGAAGAUGAUGGUGCAUACUGGUGUGAAGCUGCUUAUGAACUAGGAAAGAGUAAAGGAAAGCUGAAGCUUAAAAUUCUGUCACUCAUGGUGCCACUCAAGCCAUUUCUAGCAAUAGUGGCUGAAGUUGUUAUUUUAGUACCUCUUAUUUUACUUUUUGAGUUUUAUUCGAAAAAGAAACGUGCAGAAGAUGAAAAAGAAUUUGAUCAAAUUGAGCAACUAAGAUAAAUUUGUGUACCAGAGCAAAUGGCUGUAAGGGAACAGUUCUAGUCUGUUAU